CGUGGCCACGCUGAGUUUGGUCGGAAGCGGGAUCAGUGCGUGGACAGGUGGCUCGGGCUGCUGCUGGGAGUGGAGCGGGGAUUUGGUCUGCGGCUACGCCGCCACCAGGGAUUCCACUUGGUUGUCCAGUCCAGCCGUCUUGUAGUUUAAGUCAACGAGUGAUUCGUUGAGGCUUAAACUGAAGUUUCGUGGUUAAGAGCUUGGGCUCUGGAAUCACACUCCCGGAGUUGGGGUUCUGUCAGCUGGCUGUGUGAUCUCGCUGUACCAUCUAUCUCGUCAUCAUCCUAUCCUGUGUCACCACUCAAGAGUGUUUGCUGUUUUUUACCAGGUACAGAGAAGUAAAAAGACUGUUACAAUUCAGAGUGAUAAUGUGAUAGAAGAACAUUGUGAUGGAAGAGGAGUGAAUGAAGUUCUGUGGAAACGGCCUGGGAGAAUCAGUUUCAGUUUGCAGUGAGAUUUCAGUGUUAAACUGCCCUGGAGGGAGGUGGGAGCCUUACAGACAGAAGGGUAAAUGCAUAUGAAGGCAUAACGUGUGGAAGGUUCCUGAAGCUCUAGGGAGAGCCUCACAGAGAACAUUACCCGAUAUUCUGUGGUAAUCUAUGUUGGAAAAGAAAUGGAAAGAGAAUGGAUGUGUGUACAUGUAUAACUGAAUCACUUUGCAGUACAGCAGAAGUUACCACAACAUGUGAAUCAACUGUCCUUCCAUAAAACUUUAAAAAAUGGAAAAAAAGGAGAAGAGAGAGGUCCUGCAUGUAAUGAAGUACAUUUGGGCAUUUUCAACAUGUUGAACAUAUGCUCUUACUGGGAUAUGGUCUUAACUGGGAGAAAAUUGAGAAGCAAGGAGACAAGGAUAUUCUUUCAGACAACAAUGCGUUUUCUGAACUUCUGAACCAUGAGUCUAGCACUUAAUGAUCUCCUUAUUUGCUGCCGUCAACUAGAACAUGAUAGAGCUACAGAACGAAGGAAGGCAGUUGAGAACUUUAGGCACCUGAUUCAAGAUCCUGAAACUGUUCAGCAUUUAGAUCAGCAUUCAGAUUCUAAACAGGGGAAAUAUUUGAAUUGGGAUGCUGCUUUUAGAUUUUUACAGAAAUAUAUUCAGAAAGAAACGGAAUGUCUAAGAACAGCAAAACAAAAUGUAUCAGCCUCAACACAAGCCACCAGGCAGAAAAAGAUGCAAGAAAUCAGUAGCUUGGUCAAAUACUUCAUCAAAUGUGCAAAUAAAAGAGCACCUAGGCUAAAAUGUCAAGAACUCUUGAAUUAUAUCAUGGAUACAGUGAGAGAUUCAUCUAACAAUCCCAUUUAUGGAGCUGAUUAUAGCAAUAUAUUGCUGAAGGACAUUCUUUCAGUGAGGAAAUACUGGUGUGAAAUAUCUCAGCAACAGUGGCGAGAGUUGUUCCUUAUAUACUUCACGCUGUAUCUUAAACCUUCACAAGAUAUUAAUAGACUUUUGGUGGCUAGAAUAAUUCAAGCUGUGACCAAAGGAUGCUGUUCACAGACUGAUGGAUUGAAUUCUGAAUUUUUGGAUUUUUUUACCAAGGCUAUUCAAAAUGCAAGACAAGAAAAGAGCUCUCCUGGUCUGAAUCAUAUCUUAGCAGCAUAUGUUAUCUUCCUCAAGACUUUGGCUGCUAACUUUCGAAUUCGAGUGUGUGAAUUAGGAGAUAAAAUUCUUCCUACCUUACUUUAUAUUUGGACUCAACAUAGACUUAAUGAUUCCUUAAAAGAAGUAAUUGUUGAAUUAUUUCAACUACAAGUUUAUAUGCAUCAUCCAAAGGGAGCCAAAACUCAAGAAAAAGGUGCUUAUGAGUCAGCAAAGUGGAAAAGUAUCUUAUACAACCUAUAUGAUCUGCUAGUUAAUGAAAUAAGUCGUAUAGGAAGCAGAGGGAAAUAUUCUUCUGGAUCUCGUAAUAUUGCUGUCAAGGAGAACUUGAUUGAAUUGAUGGCAGAUAUUUGUCACCAGGUUUUUAACGAAGAUACCAGAUCUUUGGAGAUUUCUCAGUCUUACACAACUACACAAAGAGAAUUUAGUGAUUACAAUGCACCUUGCAAAAAGAGAAAAAUAGAAUUAGGCUGGGGAGUAAUAAAAGAUCAUCUUCAGAAGUCACAGAAUGAUUUUGACGUUGUACCUUGGUUACAGAUUGCAACUCAGUUAAUAUCAAAAUAUCCUGCAAGUUUACCUAACUGUGAGCUGUCACCAUUGCUGAUGAUACUAUACCAGCUUCUACCGCAACAGCGACGUGGGGAGCGCACACCUUACGUGUUACGAUGCCUUAUGGAAGUUGCAUUGUGUCAGGGCAAGAAACCAAACUUAGAAAGCUCACAUAAGUCAGAUUUAUUGAAAAUUUGGAUUAAAAUUUGGUCUAUAACCUUCCGAGGUAUAAGUUCUGAACAAAUACAAGCUGAAAACUUUGGGUUACUUGGAGCCAUAAUUCAAGGCAGUUUAGUUGAGGUUGACAGAGAAUUCUGGAAGUUAUUUACUGGGUCAGCCUGCAAACCUUCAUGUCCUACAGUGUGCUGUUUGACUUUGGCAUUGAAGACCUGUGUAGUUCCAGAAACAGUUGAAACGGGAAUGGAGAAUAUAUGUGAUGGAAACAGAAAAUUUUCUUUAAAGGAAUCAAUAAUGAAAUGGCUUUUAUUCUGUCAGUUAGAGGAUGACUUUGAAGACAGAAUAGAGCUGCCUCCAAUUCUUCACAGUAAUUUUCCUCAUCUUGCCCUGGAGAAAAUUCUUGUGAGUCUCAUUAUGAAAAACUGUAAAGCUGCAAUGAAUUUUUUCCAAAGUGUGCCAGAAUGUGAGCAACACCAAAAAGAUACGGAAGAACCUUCAUUGUUAGAAGUUGAAGAACUGUUUCUUCAGACAACUUUUGACAAGAUGGAUUUUCUAACUGUUGUGCAAGAAUGUACUAUAGAAAAGCACCAAUCCAGUGUAGGCUUUUCUUUCCACCAAAACCUUAAGGAAUCAUUGGAUCGCUAUCUUCUGGGAUUGUCAGAACAGCUUCUAAAUAACUACUUACCCGAGACUUCAGAUUCAGAAACGCUUGUCCGGUGUUCAAGUCUUUUGGUGGGUGUCCUUGGCUGCUAUUGUUAUGUGGGUGUAAUAGCCGAAGAAGAAGCGUAUACAUCAGAAUUAUUCCAGAAAGCCAAGUCUCUAAUGCAGUGUGCAGGAGAAAGUAUCACUUUGUUUAAAAGUAAGACAAAUGAGGAAUCUAGAAUCAUUUCAUUGAGAAAUAUGAUGCAUCUGUGUACAAAUUGCUUAUAUAAAUGUGCUAAGCGCAGUCCAAAUAAGAUUGCAUCUGGCUUUUUCUUACGAUUGUUAACAUCAAAGUUAAUGCAUGACAUUGCAGAUGUUUGUAGAAGUUUAGCAUUCAUUAUCAAAAAGCCAUUUGACUGUAGAGAAGUAGAAUCAAUGGAAGAUGAUACUGAUAAAAAUCUGAUGGAGAUGAAUGAUCAGUCAUCCAUGAGUCUAUUUAAUGAUAACCCUGCUAGUAGUGUUAUUGAUGCAAACGAAUCUGGAGAGAGCCAAAUUACUAUGGGUGCCAUGAAUCCUUUAGCUGAGGAACACCUCUCAAAGCAAGAUCUACUUGUUUUAGACAUGCUCAGGUUUUUGUGUAUGUGUAUAACCAUCGCUCAGUCCAAUACAAUGUCGUUUAGAGCAGCUGAUAUUCGGAGGAAAUUGUUGAUGUUAAUUGAUUCUGACAGGUUAGACCCUACCAAAUCUCUUCACCUGCACAUGUAUCUAGUACUUUUAAAGGAGCUUCCUGGUGAAGAAUAUCCCCUGCCAAUGGAGGAUGUUGUUGAACUUCUAAAACCACUAUCCAGUGUAUGUUCUUUAUAUCGUCGUGACCAAGAUGUUUGUAAAACCAUUUUAAACCAUGUGCUUCAUAUAGUGCCAAACCUAUGUCGGGAAAAUGUGGAUGCCGAGAGCACAAGGGAUGCUCAGGGGCAGUUUCUAACAGUGAUUGGAGCAUUUUGGCACUUAACGAAGGAGGGGAAAUGCACAUUCUCUGUGAGAUUGGCGUUAGUAAAAUGCCUUAAAACUUUGCUUGAGGCCGAUCCUUAUUCAAGAUGGGCUAUUCUUAAUGUAAUGGAAAAAGACUUUCCUGUAAAUGAAGUAUUUCCACAAUUCCUUGCUGAUAAUCAUCACCAAGUUUGCAUGUUGGCUGCAGGAUUAAUCAAUAGAUUAUUUCAGCAUAUGAAACAAGGAGAUUCUUCCACAAUAAUGAGAGCACUUCCUUUGAAACUUCAGCAAACAGCUUUUGAAAAUGCGUACUUGAAAGCUCAGGAAAGAAUAAGACAAGUGAAGUCCCAAGGAGGUGAGAACCGUGAACUUUUGGAUGAGAUUUGUAAUAGAAAAGCUGUUUUACUGACAAUGAUAGCUGUGGUGUUAUGCUGUAGCCCUGUCUGUGAAAAACAGGCUUUAUUCGCCCUAUGCAAAUCUGUGAAAGAGAAUGGAUUAGAGCCUCACCUCAUUAAAAAGGUUUUAGAGAAAGUUUCCGAAACUUUUGGAUAUAGACAUUUAGAAGACUUUAUGGCUUCUCAUUUGGAUUAUCUGGUUUUGGAAUGGCUACAUCUUCAAGAUGCUGAGUACAGCUUGUCUUCUUUUCCUUUUAUUUUAUUGAACUACACAAAUAUUGAGGAUUUCUAUAGAUCUUGCUAUAAAGUUUUGAUUCCACAUCUGGUGAUGAGGUGUCAUUUUGAUGAGGUGAAGUCCAUUGCUAAUCAGAUUCAAGGGGAUUGGAAAAGUCUUCUGACAGACUGCUUCCCAAAGAUUCUUGUAAACAUUCUUCCAUACUUUGCUUAUGAAGAUACAGGAGACCGUGGGAUGGCACAGCAGAGGGAGACUGCUUCCAAAGUCUAUGAUAUGCUUAAAGAUGAAAACUUACUAGGAAAACAGAUUGAUCAGUUAUUCAUUAAUAAUUUACCAGAGAUUGUGGUGGAGUUAUUGAUGACAUUACAUGAACCAGCAACAUCAGAUGCCAGCCAAAGCACUGACCCCUGUGACUUUUCAGGGGAUUUGGAUCCUCCUCCUAAUCCACCUCAUUUUCCAUCACAUGUGAUUAAAGCAACGUUUGCCUAUAUCAGCAAUUGCCAUAAAACCAAGCUUAAAAGCAUUUUAGAAGUUCUUUCCAAAAGCCCUGAUUCCUAUCAGAAAAUUCUUCUAGCUAUAUGUGAGCAAGCAGCUGAGACAAAUAAUGUUUAUAAAAAGCACAGAAUCCUUAAGAUAUAUCACCUUUUUGUUAGUUUAUUACUGAAAGAUAUGAAGAGUGGCUUAGGAGGAGCCUGGGCCUUUGUUCUUCGAGAUGUUAUUUAUACUUUGAUUCACUAUAUCAACAAAAGACCUUCUCGUUUCAUGGAUGUUUCCUUGCGUAGCUUCUCCCUUUGUUGUGACCUGUUGAGCCGGGUUUGCCACACAGCAGUGACUUACUCUAAGGAUGCUUUAGAAAGUCAUCUUCAUGUUAUUGUUGGUACCCUUAUACCCCUUGUGGAUGGUCAGAUGGAGGUUCAGAAACAGGUAUUGGACUUGCUGAAAUACUUAGUGAUUGAUAACAAGGAUAAUGAAAACCUCUAUGUCAUGAUUAAACUCUUAGAUCCUUUUCCUGACAAUGCUGUCUUUAAGGAUUUGCGUAUCACUCAGCAGGAAAUCAAAUACAGUAAAGGACCCUUUUCACUCUUGGAGGAAAUUAACCAUUUUCUCUCAGUAAGUGUUUAUGAUGCACUUCCAUUGACAAGACUUGAAGGAUUGAAGGAUCUCCGAAGACAGCUAGCACAACAUAAAGAUCAGAUGAUGGAUCUUAUGAGAGCAUCUCAGGAUAACCCUCAAGAUGGCAUAGUGGUGAAGCUGGUUGUCAGCUUGUUGCAGUUAUCCAAGAUGGCAGUAAACCACACUGGUGAAAGAGAAGUUUUAGAGGCUGUCGGAAGGUGCCUGGGAGAAGUGGGUCCUAUAGAUUUCUCCACAAUCGCUAUACAACAUAGUAAGGAUAUGCCUUAUACCAAAGCUCUUGAGUUAUUUGAAGAUAAAGAACAUCAUUGGACCCUCAUGAUGCUGACCUACCUGAAUAGUACACUGGUAGAAGAUUGUGUCAAAGUGCGAUCAGCAGCUGUUACCUGUCUGAAAAGCAUUUUAGCCACAAAAACUGGACAUGGUUUCUGGGAGAUUUUUAAGACGACGGCUGAUCCCAUGCUGACCUAUCUUCUUCCUUUUAGAACAUCAAGGAAAAAGUUUUUAGAAGUCCCCAGACUCAACAAAGAAAGCCCUUUAGAAGGCUUGGAUGAUAUUAGCCUGUGGAUUCCUCAAAGUGAAAAUCAUGACAUUUGGAUAAAGACACUGACUUGUGCUCUUUUGGAUAGUGGAGGCAUAAACAGUGAAGUUCUUCAGUUAUUAAAGCCAAUGUGUGAAGUGAAAACUGAUUUUUGUCAGACUGUACUUCCAUACUUGAUUCAUGAUAUUUUACUCCAAGAUACCAAUGAAUCAUGGAGAAGUCUGCUUUCAACACACAUUCAGGGAUUUUUCACUAACUGUUUCAGACACUCCUCACAAACAAGCCGAUCCACAACCCCUGCAAAUAUGGAUUCAGAAUCAGAGCAUGUUUUCCGCUGCCAUUUGGAUAAAAAAUCACAAAGAACAAUGCUUGCUGUUGUGGACUACAUGAGGAGACAAAAGAGAUCUUCUUCAGGCACAGUUUUUGACGAUGCUUUCUGGCUGGAGUUGAAUUAUCUAGAGGUUGCCAAGGUGGCCCAGUCUUGUGCUGCUCACUUUACAGCAUUGCUGUAUGCAGAAAUCUAUGCAGAUAAGAAGAACAUGGAUGAUCAGGAAAAAAGAAGCCCUACAUUUGAAGAAGGAAGCCAAAGUACAACUAUUUCCAGUUUGAGUGAAAAAAGUAAAGAAGAAACUGGUAUAAGUUUACAGGAUCUGCUUUUAGAAAUCUAUAGAAGUAUAGGAGAGCCAGAUAGUCUUUAUGGCUGUGGUGGAGGGAAAAUGUUACAGCCCCUUACUAGACUACGAACAUAUGAGCAUGAAGCAAUGUGGGGGAAAGCCCUGGUAACAUAUGACCUUGAGACAGCAAUCUCUUCAUCAACUCGCCAGGCAGGAAUCAUUCAGGCCUUGCAGAAUUUAGGGCUCUGCCAUAUUCUUUCUGUCUAUUUAAAAGGAUUAGACCAUGAAAAUAAAGAGCAGUGUGCUGAACUCCAGGAACUUCAUUAUCAAGUGGCCUGGCGGAAUAUGCAGUGGGACAGCUGCGUUUCUGUCAACAAAGGAAUGGAAGGAACCAGUUACCAUGAAUCAUUGUACAAUGCUCUGCAGUCUCUAAGAGAUAGAGAAUUCUCCACCUUUUAUGAAAGUCUCAAAUAUGCCAGGGUUAAAGAAGUGGAAGAGUUGUGCAAGGGCAGCCUUGAGUCUGUGUAUUCCCUCUACCCCACACUUAGCAGAUUGCAGGCCAUCGGAGAGCUUGAGAACAUUGGGGAGCUUUUCUCAAGAUCAGUAACAGAUAGGCAACCCUCUGAAGUAUACAAUAAGUGGUGGAAACACUCCCAGCUUCUCAAAGACAGUGAUUUUAGUUUUCAAGAGCCUAUAAUGGCUCUACGCACAGUCAUUUUGGAGAUCUUGAUGGAAAAGGAAAUGGAAAACUCCCAAAGAGAGUGUCUCAAGGACAUCCUCACCAAGCACCUUGUAGAACUUUCCCUACUAGCCCGAACUUUCCAGAACACUCAGCUCCCUGAAAGGGCAAUAUUUCAAAUUAAGCAGUAUAAUUCAGCUAAUUGUGGAGUCUCUGAGUGGCAGCUGGAGGAAGCACAAGUAUUCUGGGCAAAAAAGGAGCAGAGUCUUGCCCUGAGUAUUCUCAAGCAGAUGAUCAAGAAGUUGGAUGCCAGUUGUACAGAGAAUGAUCCCAGGCUAAAACUUAUACACAUAGAAUGUCUACGAGUUUGUGGCACCUGGUUAGCAGAAACUUGUUUAGAAAAUCCUGCAGUCAUCAUGCAGACCUAUCUAGAAAAGGCAGUGGAACUUGCUGGAAAUUAUGACGGAGAAAGCAAUGAUGAGCUCAGAAAUGGAAAAAUGAAGGCAUUUCUCUCUUUAGCACGGUUCUCAGAUACUCAGUACCAAAGAAUUGAAAACUACAUGAAAUCAUCAGAAUUUGAAAACAAGCAGGCUCUUCUGAAAAGAGCCAAAGAGGAAGUGGGCCUUCUUAGGGAACAUAAAAUUCAAACCAACAGAUACACAAUAAAGGUUCAGCGAGAGCUGGAGCUGGAUGAAGGUGCUCUCCGUGCAUUAAAAAAGGAUCGUAAACGUUUCUUAUGUAAAGCAGUUGAAAAUUACAUCAAUUGCUUAUUAAGUGGAGAAGGGCAUGAUAUGUGGAUAUUCCGUCUUUGUUCCCUCUGGCUUGAAAAUUCUGGAGUUUCUGAAGUCAAUGGCAUGAUGAAGAGAGAUGGAAUGAAGAUCCCAUCAUAUAAGUUUUUGCCCCUCAUGUACCAGUUGGCUGCUAGAAUGGGGACCAAGAUGAUGGGAGGCCUAGGAUUUCACGACGUCCUCAAUAGUCUCAUCUCUAGAAUUUCAGUGGAUCACCCUCAUCAUACUUUGUUUAUAAUAUUGGCCUUAGCAAAUGCAAACAAAGAUGAAUUUUUGACCAAACCAGAGGCAGCAAGAAGUAGUAGAAUAACUAAAAAUACACCUAAAGAAAGCUCUCAGCUUGAUGAGGAUCGAACUGAGGCUGCAAACAAAGUAAUAUGUACUCUCAGAAACAGGAGACGUCAGAUGGUCAGAAGUGUUGAAGCACUCUGUGAUGCUUACAUUAUAUUAGCAAACUUAGAUGCCACUCAGUGGAGGACUCAGAGAAAAGGCAUAAGGAUUCCAGCAGACCAGCCUAUUACUAAACUUAAAAAUUUAGAAGAUGUUGUUGUCCCUACUAUGGAAAUUAAGGUGGACCCCACAGGAGAAUAUGGAAACAUGGUGACUAUACAGUCAUUUAAACCAGAAUUUCGUUUAGCAGGAGGUUUAAAUUUACCAAAAAUAAUAGAUUGUGUCGGCUCUGAUGGCAAGGAAAGGCGACAGCUUGUCAAGGGCCGUGAUGACCUGAGACAAGAUGCAGUCAUGCAGCAGGUUUUCCAGAUGUGUAAUACGUUACUGCAGAGAAACACUGAAACCAGGAAGAGGAAACUGACUAUCUGCACAUAUAAGGUGGUUCCCCUUUCGCAGAGAAGUGGUGUUCUUGAAUGGUGCACAGGAACUGUCCCUAUUGGUGAAUAUCUUGUUAACAAUGACACUGGUGCUCAUAAAAGAUACAGGCCAAAGGAUUUCAGUCCUGUUCAAUGCCAAAAGAAAAUGAUGGAGGCGCAAAAUAAAUCUUUUGAAGAGAAAUAUGAAAUCUUCAUGAAUAUUUGCCAAAAUUUUCAACCAGUUUUUCGUUACUUCUGCAUGGAAAAAUUCUUGGAUCCAGCUGUUUGGUUUGAGAGACGACUGGCUUAUACUCAGAGUGUGGCUACGUCUUCUAUUGUUGGUUACAUCCUUGGACUUGGUGAUAGACAUGUACAGAAUAUCUUGAUAAAUGAGCAGUCAGCAGAACUUGUACAUAUAGAUUUAGGAGUUGCUUUUGAACAGGGUAAAAUUCUUCCUACUCCUGAAACCGUUCCGUUUAGACUCACCCGGGACAUUGUGGAUGGCAUGGGCAUUACCGGUGUUGAAGGGGUCUUCAGAAGAUGCUGUGAAAAAACCAUGGAGGUUAUGAGAAACUCUCAGGAAACCCUGUUAACCAUUGUAGAGGUCCUCCUGUAUGAUCCUCUCUUUGACUGGACCAUGAAUCCUUUGAAAGCUUUGUAUUUACAGCAGAGACCAGAGGAUGAAAGUGAGCUCCAUUCCACUCCCAGAGCGGACGACCAGGAAUGCAAACGGAACCUCAGUGAUACGGACCAGAGUUUCAACAAAGUAGCUGAACGUGUCUUGAUGAGACUGCAAGAGAAACUAAAAGGAGUGGAGGAAGGAACAGUGCUCAGUGUUGGUGGACAGGUGAAUUUCCUGAUACAGCAGGCCAUGGACCCCAAAAAUCUCAGCAAACUUUUCUCGGGAUGGAAAGCUUGGGUGUGAUAUUCAGCAUGUGAUUGCCAUGAAAUCAACCUUUAGAAAUUAUAUUUUGGCUUUCAUUUUUAACCCAAUGACGUACUUUGAACAGGUGUUAAUACUCAAGUGAAUCAGUUUUUUGUUUUUUUUAAUGUUUAAUACUUGCUUCAGGUACCUAAAGAUGCUCUGGUAGUCUCAAGGAACAGUUCUCUCACUUUAGAUAUACAGUCAUGCUCUACUUGUAGGCUAAAUGUUUGGCCUCAAGUACAUGCUUGUACUGUUUAGAGUAGCAUCACUAACUUAGGCUUUAACUGAAAAUGGAAGCAGCAGGUGCAGGAGCAACACCAAGAGAUUUUUUCCUUAGUGUGAGUUAGAACAAAUAAAUAUACUGCUGGUUUUUGAGGGAGCUUUUAAUUAAAUUGUUUCCCAGACAUUAUAUAUGAAUGAUGAAUUAUUUGAUACUAAUAUAUAAAAGGAAGAAAAGAACUUUGAAAUUGUAGUCCUCUAUAUACCAUGGUAAAUGUGUUUGGAUGUUCAGUACUGAAAUUACUCGUUGUGACUGCAUAAUGAAGGUGUUACACAUUUCACAGAUACAAUUAGUAUGGUUACUGUUUUUUAGGAAUGUAUAUUGGACCCUCACUUUCUAUUUUCUCUACCAUUUAAGCCUUCUGUGUUUCCAGUACUUAAUCUUUUUGUGAUGCCUUUACAUCCGUCUUCUAGUUUAUGAAUUCUCUUGUCUCUGUAUAAUCUCCUUUUUAAACUGUUUAUUGGGUUUCUCCUUUCAAAAGUUGUUUUUCAUUUCUAGAUACGUAUCAUUCUUCAGAUCUGCCUAUUUGUUUCAUUAUGCCUAGCUGUUUUUUGUAAUUGCUUAACUUUUCAAUUCCUUUUGUCACUCAUCUUUUUUUUUUUUUUUUUUUUAGUCUUUUGCUUAUUUUAUUACUUAGUAUAAUGUUUUUGAGGUUGAUCCAGGUUGUAAUUUGUGUGAUUUUUUAAAACUGCCAAAUAGUAAUCCGUUGUAUAUAACUAUACCACAUUUUAUAUAUCCAUUCUUCAUUUGGCUCUUCAGUUUUUGGCUUCAUGAAUAAUGUUUUUAUGAACAUUUGUGGCAAGUCUUUGUGUGGAUGUUUCUAUUUUUGUUGGAUUGAUUCUUAGAGUUAUUCCCGAGUUACAACUUUUUUUUCUUUAGCAGGCUUAAUCAUUUUGAACAUCCUACUUAAACAUCCCUCUUUUAUAGUCUAAUAGUCCUGUUAAUUUCUUGUGUUUGGUGGCCUAUUUAUCCGUAUAUUUUGUGAUUUUUAAAAGUGAGCUUAUUUUCAGCAGGGCUUUCUCUGUGGGAAUCUUGAGUGACCUGGGUUAAGAAUAAUUCCUUCCAGAAAAGUUUUGUGUCUGGCUAUGUCAUAUUUCCAGGGCUGUCACUGAUAGAGGGCCCCUGUUAUUUUAACUUUUUGGUUUCAGGGCUUUCUAAUCUGAGGAGUAAUGUAAAUUUACUGAGAGAAGAUCCCAGGCCAAGACAGACACUCCUCCUUACCUCCCUAUUUCAGUGGGCAGGAUAUUUUAUUAACUCCUUUUCAUCGAGAUGUAAGCCUCCAUGUGUCCACCUUUAUGGUGGGCAUGGGUGAGAUGAGUUUAAUUCCUACCCUAAGUUGCCUUAGGGAUGUUAUAGCUGAAACCCAUAGGUUAGCAAGUUCUGGCAGGACAGCUGGAAUUAUCAGCUCACACACUGAUAUCUGGUUUUUAGUUUCAUUCAGAAACUUAAAAUUUUUUGGCUAUUGGAGUUCCCAUCGUGGUGCAGUGGAAACGAAUCCAACUAGGAACCGUGAGGUUGUGGUUUCAAUCCCUGGCCUCGCUCAGUGGGUUAAGGAUGCUGAGUUGCCAUGAGCUGUGGUGUAGGCCACAGAUGCAGCUAAGAUCCCGUGGUGCUGUGGCUGUGGUGUAGGCCAGCGGCAACAGCUCCAAUUAGACCCCUCGCCUGGGAACCUCCAUAUGCCUCAAGUGCAGCCCUAGAAAAAGACAAAAAAAAAAAAGAAAGCCUUGAAAUCUUUAUGCUGGAAAUAAAUUAUCAACUAUAUGAUGCAAUAAAUAAGUGAAUUUAUAGCUAGUUCUUGCUAGUUGAUGUAUCCAGAGAGCUCUGAAUGUCAUUAAUCUACUCUUCAGCGUUGAAUAUAUGCUGUGAGACUCCUGUCCUGCACAAAUAUUCAUAUUAAUGGCUUUGAAAAAUUUAACAAACUUACUAACCUAGGAGGAAUAGCUAAUUCACAUGUGUUAGAAGUAAGAUUCUAAAGAUUAUGACAAGCUAGAAUGCUGUCUGGAAAAUGAGUAAGAUAAAAAUUUACUGGGAGCAAAUGAGGACUGGUUAGGUUUUUAAAAUAUUUAUCAUAGACUGUUUGUUGUGUGCUUAGUACUUGAUGUACAUUAUAUGCAGCAUCUUUUGCAAGAUUAGUGAUGUUACACAAUUUAUAGCUGGGGAAAGUAAAAUCUGGGGAGUUAAAGUAACUUGUCCAAGGCCAGAAUGUAGUAAAUUGAAGGUACAAGUUUAAUAUGGACAGUCUCUAACUUGAAAACCUUUCCUUUGUAAAGAAUCUAGGUUUCACCAGUCAGUUGCUCAUAAGGUCAGUGGAAACCAGGGAGAGAAGCUACUAGAAAAGUAAAUUGUAGACUGUUGAACAGUUGUGCAGUUGCGUUCAGAUUAUGGGAGAUAAUAUCCCUUCCACUCUUCUCUGUGCUAAUCAUAACCACCCCACAGUAUCUCCCUAAUCAGUAGGUAACUAAUCCCUGGCCAUUAUAGUAUAUACCUAAAAUAUAUGCACUUAGAACCACUAAAAAUUUAAAUGUGCUCUAAAGCAAAUAAAAACAAGAGGAAAAGCUUUGGACUUCUUAAAGAUAAAAGUAAGCUCAUCUUUAAAUAGGUAGAAGGCUGGUAUAAUGGCUUAAAAUAUAGAAAUAUGUGCCAUUUCAAGUAUUUUAAAUGCACCUUAAUGAAUUCUACAUUUCAUGUAUAAUUAUUUUAGUACUAUUGAAUGUAUUUCUCUUAUUACACUGUUACCAGAAUCCUGUUACACUGUUACCUAAAUAAAUCCUUAAGAAAAUGUA